UUGUCCCUCCCACUCCCGCUUGCCCUGUUCCGCUUCCGGUCGUCUAGGCGCUGGCUCCGGAAGGUUGUUGUGGUGGUCGCGAUGGGGAAGUCAGAUUUCCUCACCCCGAAGGCUAUCGCCAACAGGAUCAAGUCCAAGGGGCUUCAGAAGCUGCGCUGGUAUUGCCAGAUGUGCCAGAAGCAGUGCCGGGACGAGAAUGGCUUUAAGUGUCAUUGUAUGUCUGAAUCUCAUCAGAGACAGCUGUUGCUGGCUUCAGAAAAUCCUCAGCAGUUUAUGGAUUAUUUUUCCGAGGAAUUCCGAAAUGACUUCCUAGAACUUCUCAGGAGACGCUUUGGCACCAAGAGGGUUCACAACAACAUUGUUUACAAUGAGUACAUUAGCCACCGGGAGCACAUCCACAUGAACGCCACACAGUGGGAGACACUGACAGAUUUUACCAAGUGGCUGGGCAGAGAAGGUUUGUGCAAAGUGGAUGAGACACCAAAAGGCUGGUAUAUUCAGUAUAUAGAUAGGGACCCUGAAACAAUCCGCCGGCAGCUGGAACUAGAGAAAAAGAAGAAGCAGGACCUCGAUGAUGAAGAAAAAACCGCCAAAUUUAUUCAAGAACAAGUGAGAAGAGGUCUGGAAGGAAAAGAGCAGGAAGUCCCUGUUUUUACGGAAUUAAGCAGAGAAAAUGACGAAGAAAAAGUUACAUUUAAUCUGAAUAAAGGAGCCUGUAGUUCAGGAGCAGCAUCUUCCAAAUCAAGUUCUUUGGGACCCAGUGCCCUGAAAACGAUUGGGACCACAGCAUCAGUGAAGCGGAAGGAGUCCUCCCAGAGCUCGGCUCCGUCAAAGGAGAAGAAGAAGAAGUCUGCCCUCGAUGAAAUCAUGGAGAUUGAAGAGGAGAAGAAAAGAACUGCACGGACAGAUUACUGGCUGCAGCCUGAAAUCAUAGUGAAAAUUAUAACCAAAAAACUUGGAGAGAAGUAUCAUAAGAAGAAGGGGAUUGUAAAGGAAGUAAUUGACAAAUACACAGCUGUGGUAAAGAUGAUUGACUCUGGAGACAAGCUGAAACUUGACCAGACUCAUUUAGAGACAGUCAUUCCAGCACCAGGAAAAAGAAUCCUCGUUUUAAAUGGAGGCUACAGAGGAAAUGAAGGCACCCUAGAAUCCAUCAAUGAGAAGACUUUUUCUGCUACUAUAGUCAUUGAAACUGGCCCUUUAAAAGGACGCAGAGUUGAAGGAAUUCAAUACGAAGACAUUUCUAAACUUGCCUGAGUUUGAAAAUUUGUUAGCAUCACAUUAAAAUCUUAAAGCAUCAAAUUGGUGUUCACCAAGACAUUACAAGACUCUACUGUGUUAGGGUGUUUCUUUUGUAUAAAACAAAUGGAUUUAUUUAAAUAUUACUGUAGUUGUUUAGUCUAACUUAUAGAAAAAUUGAAUUAUGUCUCGUGAAGUAUCAGAAUUAUGUAAUUAUGUCCUUGUUGUUUUUGUUGCCUUUGUAAUACUUCCUUGAUUUUUUAAUCUACAUUAAAAGAAUAUUAUUGUAAAGUGUUGUAUAUAGGACAAUGUAGAACUAUUGUAGAGCAAAUCUUUCAUAUACUCUAAAUUUAUAUUUUCAUCAGUAAAGUAGUAAAGUUGGAUGUAAUAUAAUUACAUUUUUAAGAGUCAAACUAUAAAUAGAAUAGCUUUAUUGAGAUGUAAUCCACACACCAUACAAUUUCACCCAUUUUAAGUGGACAUUUCAGUGGUUUUUAGAAUAUUUACAAAGUUGUUUGAAAAUCACCAUUGUCUAAUUUGAGAAUUUUCAUCUCCCCAAAAGUAACCCUGGAUCUAUAGUCACUCCAGACUACUGGCAACUACUAAUCUGCUUUCCAUCUCUGUGAAUUUGCCUGUCGUGGACAUUUCAUAGAAGUGGAAUCAUACGGUAUAUGGUCUUUUAUGACCAGCUUCUUACACAAAGCAUAGUGUUUUCAAGGGUUAUCCAUGUUGUAGCAUAGGUUACUACCUCAUUUUCAUUCAACGGUAAUCUUUUGUAUGGAUAUAUAACGCAUUUUUUAAAAACUAUUCAUGAGUUGAUGGAAUUGGAUUGCUUCACUUUGAGGCUAUGAUGAAUAAUGCUGCUGUGAGCAUGCAUGCACAAGACUUUUUGUGGUCAUGCAUUUUCAGAUCCUGGGGCACAGUAACUCACUCAUGUUAUACCGUGUCUAACAUUUGAAGAGCCAUUUCCAUAAGGAAUGGCUCUCCCUGAUUGUGGUGCAGAAAUAAAACAUGAUGCUUUCCACAGGCCUCCCCCAAAUCUGUAACUUUGGAAUCAACUCAGUAGUUUUCUUCACAGAAAAAAGUUUCAUCCCUACCUCUCACAUUCUUUUCUCCAACAUCUUCCUGAAAUUAUCGCAAAAUAAAGUAGCAUUAUUGAGGUUAGGUUUAAUUUUUAAAAAAUCAAGCAUAAAAAUAUGAUUCUAUACUAUAGAAUUGUUUUCCCUAUAAGGUUUUAGAGGCCAAUAUGGUUAUAUUAAGCAGAGUUAACUGCAGACACCUAAAAUCAAGUCUUAUAUUGACCUUUUUUCUUUCUUUUUUUUCUUUGGCUGCACCAGACAGCUUGCAAAAUCUUAGUUCCCCGACCAGAAAUCAAACCCUAGCCCCAUGCAGUGGAAGUACAGAGUUCUGACCACUGGACCACCAGGGAAUUCCCUGACUUUUCUUUUUAAAACAUUGUAAGCUAUUAUUCUUUUUAAAAAACAGACUUUAUUUUUUAGAGCAGUUUCAGGUUUGCAGCAGAAUUGAUGAACCUCCACUGACCGGUCAUCGUCACUGAAAGUCCAUGGUUUCCAUUAGGGUUCCCUCUUGGUGUUGAACAUUCUGUCGGCUUGGACAAGUUUAUGAUGACAUUUAUCCACCACUAUGGGAUCGUACGAAAUGGUUUCAUUGUCUAAAAAUCCACCUCCUCGUUUCCCUCCCACCCCUCCCUCCACAUCAGUCACUGAUCUUUUUACUGUCUGCAUGGUUUUGACCUCUCCAAAAUGCUGUGGUUGGGCUCAUACAGUGUGUGAGCCUUUGCAGACUGGCUUCUUUUACUUAGUAAUAUGUGUUUAAGUUUCCUCUAUGCAUCUUCUCACAACACGACGGCUCAUUUCUUUUUAGUGCUGAAUAAUAUCACAUUAUCUGGAUGCACCACAGUUUACUUAGCCAUUCAUUUACUUAGCCUGAAGGACAUCUGGGUUGCUUCCAAGUUUUGUCAACUAUGAAUAAAGAUGCUGUAAACUUC